CGGCAUAUUCGGAUAUGUACGUUACGUAAAUUUGUCUACAAAUUUCCCCUAAAUAAACGACUGUGACAAAUUGUUCACGUUCACCACAAAAUGAGUCAAAAAUACAAUCACGAGAAGAAUUUGCCUAGCAGAAGAGAAAUUUGUGAAUGGGAUGACAAUGUUGCCGAUACUAAACCUUUCAGUCAAAACAGUCCUCGUGAUAAAUUUGUAAAAGGUAGCAGUCAUCGAAGUGAUUUAUCAAAAAGUUACAAGGAAUCCGUUCUCUCUGAUAACUGGUCAGCAACAAACCGCGUCUCAUCAAAUGGACAUGAAACUUGUGAUGAUUUUGAUGAUAGUAACGUUGAAGGUCCCGUGAGUGAUGAUGACAAUGACUUUGAUGAAGAUGAUGAUGCAGAAGAUGAGGACUGGGUGGCUUCCGAUUAUGAGAAAAAACGUCCUAGUCGCACUUCUCGAACACAACUCACUGGUUCACGUAAAAUUGGAAAUAGUUGCAGUUCACAUCGCAAAAGUUCACAUGGAGAUCGUUCUCAACGUAGAAUUGGCAGCAGUUUGCCAAGGACAGCUGCUCACAAUCCAGGGAGUAAUCGUAUUGUUUCUUCCAAUAAAUCUUCCAAAUCUGUUGGUCGACCUAGAACUGUUAAUCGCUAUCAAGGUGGAAGUGCUAGGACUGUUCAUGCAUCAUCUGGUCGUAAGAUUGCUACACGUCGAGUUGAAAAACCAAAGACAAAUAAUAGCAACCCACGAAAAGUAUUUGAUUCACUAAUACCUAACGAACUAAAAAAGCCUCGACAAUGUUUCGGUCCUGGAUGCACUCGAGCUGCAGCAAGACCAGAUACAAAAUAUUGUUCAAAUGAAUGUGGACUUAAACUUGCCAUCAAGCGCUUAGAAACUCUACUGCCAGAAAGUUUUCAUGCUUGGUAUCCUGACUUGUUUACGAAAGCUGGAACGGCUCUUUCUGAAUUAGAAAGGCUACCGGAUUGUAUGGCUACCGUUAUUGACAAAUUGCGUCUUAAAGAAAUUAGUAAGGAACAGUGUGUAGUACACAAUCGGUUGGUUGAAUUAGAAAUGGAGCAUCAAAAGCUUACGGCACUUAUUAGUCGAGCUCAAGAGCGAAAAACUGGACGAAACAAUGAACAAAUGCUUGCUGCGGUUGCUCACGACGCAGAACAAGUAGAACAGAUGGAACCCAUCAUAUGUGUUACGUGCUCAGCUGAAAUCAGUAUGCGACAUGCUCUGAAGCAUAUGGAGAAAUGUUUUCAAAAGAUGGAAGGAAACACUGUGUUUUGUGCUAAUCAAAAGGAGCAAAUCAUGGGUACACCAUUAUUUUGUGAUGCUUACGACUCACAGGCUAGAGCGUAUUGUAAACGAUUACGUGUAGUCUGUGAGCAUUAUAAAGAACCGAAGCUACCUGCAGAUACAGUAUGUGGAUCACCGCUUGUUCACAAUGUCUUUGAAGAAACUGGUGAAUUUUGUUGUGUACCGCGCAAUAAGUGCACUAAACACUUUGGUUGGGAACGUCUACGUCGAGCGAAAAUAGAUUUGGAACGAUAUCGCUGUCUAAUUCAAAUGGAUGAAUUAAUGCAAGAGGAACAAAGACUACGACGUGCCAUAUCUCAACGUGGUGGUGUACUUGGCAUUUUGCUACACCAAACUAUUGAUCAUAAUCCUGAAAAACCAGUUCCCAUCCCAGGAGAAUUAAAAACAUCUUUGAAAGAUAAAGAACGAUCAGAUACUUGACAUUUCUAAAAAAUUUAAUUUGACUGUACAUAACAAUAGAAUUUAUUUGUUUCUUUUGUACAAAAUGUUUUUUCUAUGAUCUUAUUGCUUUUUCUUAAAACAUAAUUUGCGCAUUAUACAUCUUUCUCCUAUCCAUUUCCUGUUUUGUGUCUGCUUUUUGCUCCUCAGUCAUUCGUAAUGCAAUGUUAUUCAUGUUCGUGAUUAAUGGUAACUUUACAGAAAUUACUUCUGAUCAGCGUGAGUAUGUUUAGGUAAAGCUGUUUUACAACAUUUUGCGUAAAUACUGGUUUUAUCUAUUUCGUGAAUAGAAUCACAUCAACAGGUUUGAGUUCAAUUUACUAUCUAGAACUAGUUCCUGAAAUAUUAUUAUUGAAGUUCGGUAAAUU